GUAAUACAUGCUAAAAAAAGCCUUGACUUCAUAGUCCUUACCCUAAUAUUCCUCUUUCCUCUUCUUCUUCUUCUUUCUUUCUUCCGCCACUGCCGCAGAGCGUAGAAGGAAAUCAAACAGCAGAGAGAGGGUAAAGCAUACGUGGGUUAAAUCCAUGCGCAUGAGUCGGAAGAAUUUGUGUUAGCGGUGAGGAGAUAUAUUGAGAAUUAAUAUUUGAUAGUGUAUAUAUGGGGAGGGGAAGAGUGGAGUUGAAGAGGAUCGAGAACAAGAUCAAUAGGCAAGUGACGUUCUCAAAGAGAAGGUCUGGUUUGCUGAAGAAAGCGCGCGAGAUCUCUGUGCUGUGCGAUGCUGAUGUGGCUCUCAUCGUCUUCUCCACCAAAGGCAAGCUUUUGGACUACUCCAACCAACCUUGUACGGAAAGAAUUCUUGAACGGUAUGAGAGGUAUUCGUAUGCGGAGAGGCAACUUGUUGGAGAUGAUCAACCACCAAAUGAAAACUGGGUUAUAGAACAUGAAAAGCUCAAGGCUAGGGUGGAGGUACUACAGAGAAAUCAAAGGAAUUUUAUGGGAGAAGAUCUGGACAGCUUAAAUCUUAGAGGACUUCAGAGUUUGGAGCAACAACUUGAUUCCGCUCUCAAACACAUUAGAUCACGAAAGAACCAAGCCAUGAAUGAAUCUAUUUCUGAGCUUCAGAAAAAGGAUAGGACACUCCGUGAACACAACAACUUGCUCUCCAAGAAGAUAAAGGAAAAAGAGAAGGAGCUGACCCCACAAGAGCAAGAAGGACUGCAAAAUAACAUGGAUGUGAGCUCUGUCCUUGUAACUCAACCACUGGAGUCCCUGACUAUUGGAGGCUCCCCAGAAGUCAAAUCUAAUGAAGAAACUCCAACCUCAUGUCGACCUAAAACCAUUCUUCCCCCUUUGAUGCCUCUUCCUACAAAUGAAUAGAAGCCUAUUCUUGUUAAAUACGAAUACCACUUGUACAAAGGCUAGCUAUAUACAUCAUCAGAGGCAUUUGACGGUGACUAUACCACCUGGAUUGUAUUUAAUGCUGCUAGGUAUAUUAAAUGAUCUACAUAUAAAAUGAUACUGAUAUAAAAUUGAGUUUGAAUAAAGGUUGAAGUUUUGACUUAUA